UAUAGAGUUUAGUGAGUGCUGAAGGCGUUAAGUAAUAAUAAACUGUCAAGAGAAAUUGUGUUUUGUAUUAUGAUAAACUGAAGUUUCUGAUAACGUUUGCAUGUGAAUAAUUUACUUUUAAACGUUUUUAAUAUAAAGUUACAAGCUACCUAUUAAAUGUGAUUGCAUUGUAUUUGUGUUUGCAAUAACCAAAGGAAACGAUUUGAAAGAUGCCUAUUUUAUAUAGUGUUAUAUCUAGAGGAAAAACGAUUUUAGCAAAAUAUGCUACUUGUGCUGGUAACUUUGCUGAAGUAACAGAACAGAUUAUUUCAAAAAUACCAUCCCAAAAUGACAAACUUACGUAUUCUCAUGGGAAUUAUUUAUUCCAUUACAUUUGUGAAAACGGGGUCAUUUAUAUGUGCAUCACUGACGAUGAGUUUGAGAGAUCAAGAGCCUUUCUAUUCCUUAAUGAAAUCAAACGUCGUUUCAAUGCUGCAAAUGAGUCAUCAAUUGAAAAUGCUAUGGCUUAUGCCAUGAAUUCAGAUUUUGCAAGAGUCUUAGCAAAUGAAAUAAAGCACUACUCAGAAUCUGACGAUAUCGAUACCAUAUCUAGAGUUCAUGGAGAGCUGGAUGAGCUCAAAGAUAUAAUGGUUAAGAAUAUAGAUAACAUUGCUAUGCGUGGAGAACGUCUUGAAUUACUUGUAAAUAAAACCGAAAAUUUAAGCAACAACUCAGUCACUUUUCGAAAAACCAGUCGGAAUUUGGCACGUGUAAUGUUCUGGAAAAAUGUUAAGAUGUACUUUGUAAUUGGAGGAGUUUUGAUAGUAAUCGUCUACAUUAUCACGGCAAUAUCAUGCGGUGGUUUACUUUGGCAAAAAUGCGUAGCUAAAAAAUAAAACUUGGGAUAUUAAUUGAAUGCGAAUAAGACUAAUAAGCUGUACUUUUCCC